AUGCCCGCCACGAGUUUCGCAACCUUCCUCAUCAUCACCCCUGUCGCUUUCUUCCUGGGCAUCCUUUUCUCCCUCUUCCCAUAUGACUAUCCUCUCCUAUGGAGCACCGCGGCCACCCCCGCCUCCCACUUCGAUGCCAUCGAGACCCAUCUGAAGCUGCUCCACAAUGCGCCGAACCUGAUCCAACGGAUUCUGCACAUUAUGCUCGCGAUGGGCUUGGUGGGCCUGAUUAUGAAGCUCUACAAGCCCAGUGAGAGUAAUAUGCUCUUUGACGGCGGCAGUCUCGUCCUGUACAUGGUCGCUGUCAUUGUCUAUCUUGCCAACAUCAUCAAGGGCCUCAGAAUCGUCAGCGAUGGCACCUACGGCCUGGGUCUAAAGGACCUGAAUCAGGACCAGUUGGACAAUGUCGAUACAUCUGGAUAUGAUGUUGAUACCGGGGAUAGCGUCUUGGGUCGCGAAGAUAACCUCAAGGUCUUGGCCGCUAGCAACACCAUUCUGGCCUUGGUUCUAGUCGGUGUCCUGGUCCUGCAGGUGGGUCAGUGGUACGCUGAUCGUACCGACGAGCAAACUCUCAAGGAGUUCAAGGCUGCCGAAGAGAAGGAACUCCAGGCGAAGAAAGCGGCCGAGUCUACUGGGCCCAGCGUUAAACGCCAGACCAGUGGCUCAGAGGGCAAGAAGACGAGAUAG